AUGCUGAUCCAUGUAAGGGCGGCCAUAUUGGUCGUCUCAUUAGCCAUAUUUAAAGGAACCUUAGCUCAGAAUUCCAGUUCUAGUCUAUUCGCAUGCCCAAGCGGUUGGGAGUUGCGAGGCCUUCACUGCUACAAAUUUUUCAAUAUAAGACAUUCUUGGGAGAAGGCUGCUGAACUGUGUAAAAGGUAUGGCAGUGACUUGAUGGCUGUAGAGUCUUAUAGUGAAAACAAUUUAACAGCAGCUAUUGCCACAUCUGCAGUACCUUUGGAGAGGAGAGGAGCUAGUCAUUAUUGGUUAGGCUUAGCAUCGUUGGACGAUCUUAGAACUAACACACUUGAAUCAGCCGCUGGAACUCUGGUAUCUCAAUAUUCAGGUUUCUGGUCUUCAGACCAACCCGAUCCAACAGCUGGUGAAUGUGUGGACGUAAUAUUGACGGAAGAGACCCAAUCCUGGGAACUAACAACUUGUGAGAGUCUACAACCAUUUAUGUGUCGAGCAAGGGCAUGUCCGACUGGAUCAUUCCACUGUUCCAAUGGAAAAUGUAUAAAUGAAAAGUUCCGGUGUGAUAAACAUGACGACUGUGGAGAUGAUUCCGAUGAAUUGGAUUGUCCAGCAAACUGCAACUUCUACUUAGCAAGCAGCGGAGAUUUUGUGGAAAGUCCUUACUACCCACACAAAUAUGCACCACUUACGAACUGCAAGUGGACUCUGGAAGGCCCGCAAGGUCACAACAUUCUCCUGCAAUUCCAGGAAUUCGAAACAGAAAAAACUUUCGAUACAGUACAAAUCUUAGCCGGUGGCAGAACUGAGGAUACAUCCAUCAAUUUAGCAACACUAUCUGGGAAGCAGGACCUCACCAACAGAUCAUUUGUAUCAGGCUCCAACUUCAUGAUAAUCAAAUUCAGCACUGAUGCGUCAGUUGAAAGGAAAGGUUUCCGAGCUUCAUGGAAAACUGAACCGCAAACUUGUGGUGGUACUCUUCGUGCCACUCCACAAGGACAAGUUUUGACAUCUCCUGGCUAUCCAGAACAAUAUCCUGGAGGACUGGAAUGUCUGUAUAUUAUCAAUGCCCAGGGAGGCAAAAUAAUCACGAUGGAAGUAGAUGACCUGGAUCUCGAUGAUUCUCGCGAUUUUAUACUGGUUAGAGACGGUGAUUCUCCCAAAAGUCAGCCAAUCGCAAGGCUCACUGGAAAAUGGGAGAAUAGUCAGAGAGUUAUAAUGUCGACAAGCAACCACUUAUAUGUUUAUUUCAAAACAAGGCUUGGUGAUUCAAAACGUGGUUUCAGAAUCAGAUACACACAAGGUUGCAAAGCCACUAUCACAGCAAGAAAUGGGACCAUAAUGUCACCUGCUUUCAGCUUAGCAAACUAUCCUAGCAACCAGGAAUGUCUGUACAAAAUAAGGAAUCCUGGGGGCCAACCACUAUCUUUGAAUUUUGGUAGUUUCGACGUCGACAAAUCAGACUAUGUUCAAGUAUAUGAUGGUUCUACAACAAGCGGACUCAGACUCCACUCUGGAAAUGGAUUCACCGCAGGUAGCAGACCGAAGAUAACCCUAACCGCAUCAAGUGGAGAAAUGUUGGUUAGAUUUGUUACCGACGCAUUACAUAAUAACGACGGAUGGGAAGCUACUUUCUCUGCAGAUUGUCCCCCGCUUCAAGCUGGUAUUGGAGCAUUAGCAUCUAGCAGAGACACUGCUUUCGGUACCAUUAUCACCUUCAGUUGCCCGACUGGUCAAGAAUUUGCAACCGGUCGUAAUCGCCUUACAACACAAUGUCUACCUGGUGGCAACUGGUCAAUAAGCUACAUUCCCCAAUGCCAAGAAGUUUAUUGCGGCCCUGUACCCCAAAUCGACAAUGGGUUUUCCAUCGGUUCUACUAAUGUUACCUAUAGAGGUCGAGCAAUGUAUCAGUGCUAUGCUGGAUUUGCCUUUCCAACUGGAGAGCCGAUAGAGAGGAUCUCAUGUCUUGCAGAUGGACGUUGGGAAAAGAAACCUACUUGUUUAGCUUCUCAGUGUGCAGCAUUACCAGAAGUUCCUCAUGCUAAUGUUACAAUACUCAAUGGUUUAGGGCGAUCAUAUGGUACGAUAGUGCGAUAUGAAUGUGAACCUGGUUAUAUUAGAAGUGGGCCACCAGUAAUAUUAUGUAUGAGUAACGGAACAUGGUCUGGUGAUGUACCGAUAUGUUCGAGAGCAAGAUGUCCAGAGUUUCCUGAAAUAAAAAAUGGUUUCAUGACAGACACAUCCAGAGAAUAUUAUUACAAUGAUGAAGCGCGCGUUCAAUGUUACAAAGGCUAUAAACUCAUUGGUAAUACGAUCCUGAGAUGUGGUGAUAACCAAUUAUUCAACAAUCCACCAAAAUGUGAAGAUAUUAAUGAAUGUAUAAGUAGUCAAUGUGAUGUAGCUUCAACUGAUUGUAUGAAUGCUCCGGGAUCAUUUUCUUGUAAAUGCAGAAAAGGUUUCGAACCUACUCUGGAUUGCAGGCCGGUUGGUGACUUGGGUUUAGUGAAUGGUGGUAUACCUGAUGAAUCGAUUUCUGUAUCAAGUAGUGAAGCAGGAUAUGAUAAAACUAUGGUCCGUCUAAAUAAUGGUGUCGGUUGGUGUGGAAAUACAAUUGAUGGUGGUUCUAACUGGGUGCUUAUCGAUCUGAAAGCUCCAACGAUUAUACGAGGAUUUAGAACUAUGGCGGUUACGAGACAUGAUGGAAACAUCGCUUUCACUUCGGCUGUUCGGAUUCAGUAUACAGACGAUCUUACCGAUGUUUUCAAAGACUACAGAAACCCCGAUGGUUUGGCUGUAGAAUUUACUAUCGAGAAACCGACAUUAUCUAUUUUGAACUUGCCAGUCCCCAUUGAGGCACAAUACAUUAAGUUCAAGAUUCAAGAUUACGUUGGAGCACCUUGUUUGAAGCUGGAAGUUAUGGGCUGUACUAGAUUAGAAUGCACAGACAUCAACGAAUGUACCGAAAACAAUGGAGGAUGUCAACAAAAAUGUAUCAACAAUGCUGGUGACUAUUCUUGUGGGUGCAAUGUUGGUUUCGAACUAUACAACCAGAAUGGAACUUCAUCUUUCUUCAUCGAAAACUCAGAAAACGGUCGUCGCAUAGGCGAUGUUUACAAUAUCAAUAAAUCAUGUGUACCAGUCAUGUGUCCAUCUGUUAUCACCCCCGAAAAUGGUGUGAUUUUGUCUACAAAGGAGAAAUAUCACUUUGGAGACUUAAUCAGAUUCCAGUGUGAUUUUGGUUAUGUUAUGACUGGAUCAUCUUCAUUGCUAUGUACAUCAACUGGCAAUUGGAACGGUACUGUUCCUGAAUGUAAAUAUGCUCAAUGUGUAUCACUUCCAGACGAUAAAAAUGAAGGAUUAAAAGUACUUCGCAACGAUGAAGAUAGUGUUCUAGUACCUUUCAGAGAUAAUGUCACCCUACACUGUAGCUCAACUGGCAGGCAUUUGAGGGGAACUUCAUCUUCUGGGUUCAGGCAAUGUGUCUAUGAUCCUCAACCGGGCUUACCAGAUUAUUGGUUGAGCGGUGUUUUACCAUCAUGUCCUAGAGCCAACUGUGGGGUUCCUCCACCAACACCAGGAGCGGAAUAUGGUAAAUAUGUAGAUACGAAAUAUCAGUCAUCAUUCUUCUUUGGUUGCCAGAAUACUUUCAAACUGGCUGGACAAAGCGGUAAGCACGAUAAUGUAGUACGAUGUCAAGCAAAUGGUGUAUGGGAUUUCGGAGACUUGCGAUGUGAGGGCCCAGUUUGUGAAGAUCCAGGACGUCCAACUGACGGCGUUCAAAUUUCGAGAAGUUAUGAACAAGGAUCUGAAGUAUCUUUUGGAUGCAAUAGACCAGGAUAUAUCCUGAUCAAUCCCCGACCAAUCACUUGUGUGCGUGAACCAGAAUGUAAAGUUGUCCGGCCUCUUGGUAUUGCAUCAGGUAGAAUACCCGACUCGGCUAUUAACGCUACUAGCGAAAGACCUAACUAUGAAGCUAGAAACGUAAGGUUGAACUCAGUAACUGGUUGGUGUGGAAAGCAAGAAGCUUUCACCUAUGUGAGUGUGGACUUGGGAAAAAUCUUCCGAGUUAAAGCUAUCCUCGUGAAGGGUGUUGUCACAAAUGAUAUCGUAGGACGUCCAACUGAAAUCCGAUUUUUUUAUAAACAAGCUGAUAAUGAGAAUUACGUUGUUUACUUCCCGAAUUUCAACUUGACGAUGCGUGAUCCUGGAAACUAUGGAGAACUUGCUAUGAUUUCACUGCCAAAAUACGUUCAAGCCAGAUUUGUCAUAUUAGGGAUUGUUAGCUACAUGGAUAAUGCCUGUCUGAAAUUCGAGCUCAUGGGAUGUGACGAACCAGAGAAAGAGCCACUACUUGGAUUUGACUAUGGGUAUUCACCAUGUGUUGAUAAUGAAACACCAGUAUUCCAAAACUGUCCUCAACAACCAAUUAUUGUUCAGAAAGAUGUAAAUGGUGGAUUGCUACCUAUCAACUUCACGGAACCCACUGCUGUCGAUAAUUCAGGAAGUAUUGCAAGACUGGAGGUGAAACCUGCAAAUUUCAGAACACCUAUGUAUGUCUUUGAAGAUACCGUAGUAAAAUAUGUUGCCUAUGACUUCGAUGGAAAUGUUGCCAUUUGUGAAAUUAACAUAACUGUGCCUGAUAAUACUCCACCACUACUCAGCUGUCCGCAAAGUUACGUCAUUGAGCUAGUAGAUAAGCAAGAAAGUUAUGCCAUAAACUUUAAUGAUACCCGAAGGAGAAUAAAUGCAACUGAUGCUUCUGGGGAAGUUCAUAUAACUUAUAUUCCUGAUAAAGCGACGAUAGAGAUUGGAGAUUUCAAAAACGUAACCGUCAUAGCUACUGACAAAUAUGGAAAUAGAGCUUCCUGUCACUUCCAAGUAUCAGUUCAAGCUACACCUUGUGUAGACUGGGAGUUAAAACCACCAGUGAACGGGGCAUUGAACUGUCUACCAGGUGACAAAGGACUCCAAUGUAUAGGAACAUGUAAUCCUGGGUAUAGAUUUACUGAUGGAGAACCUGUGAAAACUUUUUCAUGUGACACUAAUAGUCCUUGGAAGCCUACAUCUGUUGUGCCCGAUUGUGUAUCCGAAAAUACUCAACAAGCUGAUUACCACUUUACGGCUACUAUCAUUUAUAGAGCUAAUGGUGCUGUGGCAACUUCUUGUUUGAACCAAUAUACAGACUUGAUCGCCCAAUAUUAUGAUAACCUGAAUGGCGUCCUCUCUCAGAGAUGUUCAGCUGUCAAUGUGAACAUGAACGUGUCCUUCAUCAAUUCCUCCGCUUCCCUAGUAGAAGAAAAUGUUGUCAAGGUCGAUUAUAUUCUAGAAAUAGUUCCCGUAGUCAGGCAGCCUCAGUUAUAUGAUCUAUGUGGAAGUACAUUGAAUUUGAUGUUCGAUUUAUCAGUUCCAUAUGCGAGUGCUGUUGUGGAACCACUUCUGAAUGUAGCCGCAAUUGGAAAUCAGUGCCCGCCUCUCAAAGCAUUGAAAUCAUCUAAUCAAAGAGGUUUCACUUGUAAUGUUGGAGAAGUUCUCAAUAUGGACACCAAUGAUGUACCAAGAUGCUUACAUUGUCCUGCCGGAACUUUCGCUGGCGAAAAACAAAAAGAGUGUACCUAUUGUUCAAGAGGAUUCUACCAAAAUCGCGAUAGACAGGGAUCCUGUAACAAAUGCCCACAAGGAACAUAUACACGAGAAGAAGGCUCAAAGAGUGUUCAUGAUUGUAUUCCAGUAUGUGGAUAUGGUACUUAUUCCCCAACAGGUCUAGUACCAUGCUUGGAAUGUCCUAGAAAUAGUUACACUAGUGAACCACCUACUGGAGGAUUCAAAGACUGCCAAGCUUGUCCAGCAAACACAUUCACAUAUCAACCUGCAGCUCCUGGAAAAGAUAGGUGUAGACCAAAAUGUGGACCUGGUCAAUACUCGCCAACAGGAUUAGCGCCAUGCUCCUUGUGCCCCAAAGAUUUCUAUCAAACUAUUCCAGGACAAACUUACUGCAAUGAGUGCCCUAGCAAUAUGAUGACUGGAGGUAGUGGAGCCUUAGGACGGGACGAAUGUACUCCAGUACAAUGCAAGGACAAUGCUUGUCAACAUGGUGGUCUGUGUGUUCCUAUGGGUCAUGGCAUCCAGUGCUUCUGUCCUGCAGGAUUUUCUGGUCGUCGAUGUGAAAUAGAUAUCGAUGAGUGUUCUUCACAACCUUGUUAUAAUAGUGGAACUUGCAUAGAUCUUCCUCAAGGAUACAAGUGUCAAUGUCCACCUGGAUAUUCUGGUAUCAAUUGUCAAGAGGAAAAGUCAGAUUGCUCCAAUGAUACGUGCCCUGCUCGUGCUAUGUGCAAAGAUGAACCAGGAUACAAGAAUUAUACAUGCUUGUGUAGAUCAGGUUAUACAGGGAUCGAUUGUGAUGUUACGAUCGAUCCAUGUAGUGCAAAUGGCAAUCCCUGUAACAAUGGGGCAACCUGUGUAGCGCUACAACAAGGCAGAUUCAUGUGCGAAUGUUUACCAGGAUGGGAAGGCCAAGUAUGUGAAAAUAAUAUAGACGACUGCGCCGAAAAACCAUGCCUGCUAGGCGCCAACUGCACGGACUUGGUAGCAGACUUCAGCUGUUCUUGUCCACCUGGAUUCAGUGGAAAGAGAUGCCAAGAGAAAAUAAACCUGUGCGGUAAUGCUCCAUGUAAGAAUGGCGUAUGUGUUGACAAGUUGUUCUACCAUGAUUGUAUCUGCAACCCUGGAUGGACAGGUGAAAGUUGUGAAUCGAACAUCAACGACUGCCAACCAAAUCCUUGCCUCAACGGCGGCCAUUGCACGGAUGGCAUUGACGACUUUUCUUGCACAUGUGAACCAGGAUUCACAGGGAAGAAAUGCCAGCAUACAAUCGACUUUUGUUCUUCAGAACCAUGCCAGAAUGGAGCUUCUUGUACCAACCUAGUUGACGGAUUCUCUUGUAAAUGUAGGCCUGGCUUUGUUGGUCUUCAGUGUGAAGCUGAAAUUGAUGAAUGCCUGAGUGAUCCUUGCAAUCCUGUUGGAACUGAGAGAUGCGUUGAUCUCGAUAAUAAGUUUGUUUGUAUGUGCAGAGAAGGUUAUUCAGGCACUUCUUGUGAAAUAAAUAUCGAUGACUGUCAUUCAGAACCUUGUCUCAAUGGAGGAUCAUGUAGGGACGAAGUUGGUUCCUAUAAAUGUGUCUGCCAACCAGGAUGGACAGGACCUAACUGCGAGAUGGACAUUGGUAGCUGUCAGUUGAGACCAUGUCAGAAUGAUGCAAAAUGUAUCAAUUUGUUCCAGGACUAUUUUUGUGUAUGUCCUUCUGGAACUGACGGUAAACAAUGUGAAACUGCUCCAGAAAGAUGUAUUGGCAACCCCUGUAUGCAUGGUGGCAAAUGUCAAGACUUCGGAUCUGGCUUGAACUGCUCAUGUAGUGAUGGGUAUAGCGGAAUAGGAUGCCAAUAUGAAUAUGAUGCCUGUCAAGCCAAUGCGUGUAAAAACGGAGCUACAUGCACCAACCAGGCACCUGGAUUCAAAUGUGUCUGUCCACCAGGAUUCACCGGGAAAUUCUGUGAAGAGGAUAUCAUCGACUGUAAAGAAAACUCUUGCCCACCAAGUGCGACGUGUAUAGAUCUCACCGGAAAAUUUUACUGUCAAUGCCCAUUCAACCUAACGGGAGAAGACUGCCGAAAAACUAUCUCUGUGGAUUAUGACUUGUACUUCAGUGAUGCUACUCGUAGCUCGGCGUCUCAAGUCAUACCCUUCUAUACUGGAUCGAAGUCCAGUCUAACAAUCGCUAUGUGGGUUCAGUUCACUCAGAAAGAUGAAAAUGGGAUCUUCUUCACUCUAUACAGUGUAUCAUCAAAACAUGUUGCGAAUGAUAGAAGACCAAUGAUCCAGGCACACUCUAAUGGUGUGCAAAUAUCUAUUUUUCCCGAUUUGCAAGACGUUUAUCUGAGCUAUAAGGAUUACACAACUGUCAAUGAUGCACAAUGGCAUCACAUUGCUGUAAUCUGGGAUGGUGAGAACGGCGGAGAACUCAAACUGAUUACUGAAGGACUUAUUGCUAGCAAAAUGAAGGGCUAUGCUAGUGGAAGGAAAUUACCGGAAUAUGCAUGGGUAACUCUUGGAAAACCACAAACUGGAAAUCCUAAAGCUUACACAGAGUCUGGUUUCCAAGGACACCUAACUAAAGUUCAAAUUUGGGGCCGAGCUCUAGAUGUUACGAAUGAAGUUCAGAAACAAGUACGAGACUGCAGAACAGAACCAGUAUUAUACAAAGGAUUGAUACUCACAUGGGCUGGUUAUGAAGAAACACUUGGAGGAGUUGAAAGAAUGGUACCAUCACAAUGUGGACAAAGGAAUUGUCCAUCUGGUUAUAAAGGAUCUAAGUGUCAAGAGAUGGAAGUAGACAAGAUUCCUCCGAAAGUAGAAUACUGUCCUGGAGAUCUAUGGAUCAUCACCAAGAAUGGUUCAGCAUUGGUAGUGUGGGAUGAACCACAUUUCAGCGACAAUGUUGGAAUUACAAGGGUGCAAGAAAAAUCUGGACAUCGUCCUGGUCAGACACUUUUGUGGGGAAUAUACCAAAUCGCUUAUGUAGCAUCUGACGACGCAGGAAAUACAGCAACAUGUACUUUCAAAGUAUCAGUUUUAUCUGAUUUCUGCCCAGAAUUGCCGGAUCCAGUAGGAGGCUACCAAGCAUGCAAAGACUGGGGUGCAGGAGGGCAAUUCAAAGUUUGUGAUAUCGGAUGCAAUCCAGGACUCAGGUUUUCACAAGAAAUACCACUCUUCUAUACUUGUGGAGCUGAAGGUUUCUGGAGACCCACAACUAAUCCGAAUUUACCACUAGUAUUCCCAGCUUGCUCUUCUACGAAACCAGCACAACGAGUAUUCAGGAUAGCAAUGUUGUUCCCAAGUUCUGUUCUCUGUAACGAGGCAGGGCAGGGAGUAUUGAAACAAAAAGUUCGCAAUGCUGUAAACUCCCUCAAUAGAGAUUGGAACUUCUGUUCUUUCUCUAUAGAAGGUACAAGAGAAUGUAGGGAACUCAAUAUCGAUGUCAAGUGUGAUCAUAGAUCGAAUAGACAAACACGACAAGUCAGUAGUGAUGAUGAGGAUGGUGGCACCUAUGUGGUGAAUGCCAGUGUACCAGUUGGGAAAAAUGCCCGGCAAGGAAGGCAAUCAUCGAGUGACACGUACAACAUUGAAAUCACCUUCCCAGCGAUAAAUGAUCCUGUUAUACACUCCAACACUAACGAGAGAUCGUCUGUGAAAUCACUUAUGGAAAAGUUGAUUCUCGAAGAAGACCAAUUCGAUGUUGGCGAUAUUUUGCCCAACACAGUACCUGAUCCAUCUUCGCUUAUUCUCCAAUCUGACUACGCCUGUCCGGUUGGACAAGUUGUUAUGGCACCAGAUUGUGUACCUUGUGCCAUUGGGAGCUUCUAUGACAAAAAUACGAAGACUUGUAUUUCAUGUCCCCAAGGAUACUACCAGAGCGAAUCUGGUCAGUUACAGUGCACUCAAUGUCCAGUUAUAGCAGGUAGACCUGGAGUAACAGUCUCACUGGGAGCACGGAGUGCCGCGGACUGUAAAGAACGCUGUCCAGCUGGAAAAUACUACGAUCAUGAUGCUGGACUGUGCCGUAGCUGCGGUCAUGGUUUCUACCAACCAAACGAAGGAUCAUUCUCCUGUGAAAUCUGUGGUCUAGGUAAGACUACAAGAACCAAUGAAGCUGUAUCAGUUAAGGAAUGCAGAGAUCAGUGCGGUAAUGGAAUGCAACUGGCUCUAGAUGGAAAGUGUGAACCUUGUCCAAGAGGAACCUUUAGAACACAGGGUAUUGAGUCAGCUUGUCAGGCUUGUCCAAUAGGAAGGACCACUCCCAAAGUGGGAGCGACAACUAAUGAAGAAUGUUCCUUGCCAGUAUGUACUCCAGGAACAUAUUUGAAUGGAACUUUGAAUAGUUGCAUACCCUGCAAAAAAGGAUUCUAUCAGUCCGAGUCACAACAGACGACAUGUAUUCCUUGUCCUCCGAAUAAGAGUACCAAAGGCGUUGGAACGACCAGUAAAUCGGAAUGUACCAACCCAUGUGAUGCAAAUGGUGCUGAUAGUGCUGAUGAGAUGCAUUGCGAUAAAAAUGCUUACUGUCUUCUAAUACCGGAAACAAGCGACUUCAAAUGUGAAUGCAGACCUGGAUUCAAUGGUACAGGAAAAGAAUGCUACGAUGUAUGCGAUGGCUAUUGUGACAAUGAAGGUACAUGUGUGAAAGACAAUAAUAGCCAACCGACCUGCAGAUGUAUCGGUAGCUUCACUGGCAAACACUGCACAGAGAAAUCCGAGUUUGCCUAUAUUGCUGGAGGUAUUGCUGCAUCAGUUAUUCUGAUUAUAUUCAUCGUGCUGCUGAUUUGGAUGAUUUGUGCUAGAGCCAAUAGGAGGAAGGAACCCAAGAAACUCCUAACCCCAGCAACUGACCAAAACGGCUCCCAAGUCAAUUUCUAUUAUGGCGCGCCCACACCCUAUGCGGAAAGUAUAGCACCAAGUCAUCAUUCCACUUAUGCUCAUUAUUACGACGAUGAAGAAGACGGUUGGGAGAUGCCGAACUUCUACAAUGAGACUUACAUGAAGGAGAGUCUUCAUAAUGGAGUGAAUGGGAAAAUGAACAGUUUAGCUAGGUCGAACGCUAGCAUUUAUGGAACAAAAGAUGAUUUGUAUGAUAGGCUGAAGAGGCACGCCUAUCCUGGCAAAAAAGAUAAAAGUGACAGUGACAGUGAGGGUCAUCAAUGA